AUGUCGUCCCGAUGUAGAGCUCCACAGAGACAGGUGAAGCUGGACUUGGGGUCCGGUGAGUGUUUGCUACGAUCUGAGAGUAGCYCCCAGCUAAAUGACCUGGCCUGGCACACUGCUGAGCUCCUCCACGACCGCCACAAUGUCACCCUGACCGUGGACCAGCACUCCCACACCAGCCUCAGGAUGCCAGGGCAUGAGUCUCAGAAACAGGAGCUGAGCAUCCAGGAAGGGCUGUACAUCGGCGGCUCUGGAGGCCUGGACAAGCUCUACCUCCCCGGUGACCUGACUGGUUUCCGGGGGUGUAUGGACGAGGCUGUCUUCAACGAGCACGAUAUGUUAUCGUCGUUGAGAUCUGACGCAGGAUUCAAGAGCGUCUAUGAGGUUUCUUUGGGCUGUAGUCCCCAGUUCUUCGCUAACGAGGAGGACCCUGUUAGUUUCUUUAGUUCUAGAGCGUAUGUCUCCCUGCCACCCUGGAAUAUCUCCCACGUCCAGCAGGAGGCUCUGUUUGAGUGUGUGGUUCACACUUCAGCUAAAGAGGGAAUCAUCCUGUAUAACUCGGCCAGACAGGGGGGCUUUGUGGCAGUUGAGAUCCAAGAGGGGUUGCCUGUGGCCCUCGUGGAUAAAGGAGGCACCAAAACAGAACUCCGCUCCCUUACCUUCGUCAAUGACAGGAACUGGCAUUCAAUCAAACUGUUCUUCAGCCCCAAGACCCUCCAGCUGACAGUGGAUGAGGAGACGGUAAAGACUAGCAUCAGCUCUCGCUCCAAGGGACUACAGCUGAGGGGUUCUGUCUUUGUUGGGGGCAUUGACGACAGCACGCGCUCAGAAGUCCGCAAGAUGGGUCUGGUGUCUGUGUCAGGGAAGAGGGUCAGAGGAGGCUCGUUCAAGGGCUGUCUAAAGGACAUGAAAGUCAACGGGGUGAAGAUGGGUCUGCCCAAUGCUGCUGUCACGAAGGAUAUCUCUGUGGGCUGCGGGCCAGAGAAAGAACCAGAGCCCUCGACCACGAUGAGUCCAAUGACUCUUCCGACUGUCCCCAAGUCCCACUUCGAUCCCACUUCCGUCACCCCCACACCAGAAUUCCCAUUGUCCACUCUGGACAGGGGGCUGGACAAGAGGUAUGGGAUGAACUUCGUGCUGCUUAGGCACCUUGUGGUGCCGGAGGGAGGACGUGGAUCUCUGGAAUCCAAACACAUCAAGGUUCUCCUGGACUUCAAGAAGCUCCGAAUACGGCAGUCCCAGAUCAUGUUCCGGAUCCAAGAGCAGCCGGUGCACGGUCAGAUCAGACUGGAUGUAGACCAGGACCAAGAGGAGAACACCUUCAGCAUGCUGGACCUGUGGUACGGCAAGGUGAUGUACAUCCACGGAGGAUCAGAGAACCCAGAAGACUUCUUCACCUUUUCUAUCUUCUCCAGCAGCAGGAAGGAGGUUCCUGACUACCUGAAAGGGACCAGGAGGUACCGCUACAACAUCACAGUGAUGCCCACCAACGAUGCCCCAGAGCUCAGCCUGCCCCAGGGGAACCUUUUCAUUCUGUUGGAUAACUCUAGAAAACACCUGACCACGGAGGUGUUGAAGGCCACAGACAUCGACAGCAAUCACACCAACCUAAUCUUCUCCAUCCUGGGGAAUCUGAACACUGACGCAGGUUACCUGGAGGUGGAAGACAACCCCGGCGCUGCAGUGACCACAUUCUCCCAUUCUGACCUAAAUGAAGGGAAGGUGAACUACGUCCACACUGGGGCGAGGAACUCCAGGAUCGUCCUGAGGGUCAGUGAUGGAGACAAGGUGAGCAAUACGGUUGUGCUUAGGAUCAUGGCCAUAGGGUUGGAGUAUAAGAUCGGCAACAACACCGGGCUUGAGAUAACUCAAGGUGAGGUGUCUGUGAUCAGUAACAAGCACCUGGCCGUUCAGACCAAUGCCGUGAAGCAGGUGGUGGACAUCCGAUAUGAUGUCGUCGAGCCACCUCAGUACGGGGAACUUCAGAGGCUUCACUCCAGCGGCGAAUGGAAGCCCACCGGUUCCUUCUCCCAAAGGCUACUGGAGAAAGAACGCCUUCGGUACCUCAGCACUUUCCAAGAAAUCCAGACAGCAAAUGCUACGGAUUACUUCAAAUGCAAGGUCACUGUAGCUGGUAGGGUCGAUACUGAACUGGUCUUCCCCAUCACUGUGAAGUGGGUACAUUAUAACCUAGUAAGGAACGUAAUGGCCGACAUUGAUAAAGUUCGGAAAGUGACGUUGGACUCGCAGUAUCUUUAUGCCACGGUGGACGUUGUGACACUAUCAGAGGAUGAUCUGCACUUCAGAGUUCUCUCCUCGCCGAAGAAAGGACAACUUCUGCUCAUUAACAAGUUAUUGAAGAAAAACUCAACAUUCAGCCAAAGAAAUGUCACUGAUCUAAAGGUACAAUACGAACUGGUCGACAGACCGUACGAAGACACGAGCGACACGUUUAAAUUCCAAGUGUUCUCCAAACAUGCUCAAACGCAAAGUUACGAUUUCCAGAUCUCGAUAAAAGCCGAUGUCAAUAGCGUAUUUAUAAGAAAUUAUGGACUUUUGAUUAAGGAGGGAGAGAGUAAACUCAUCACAAAGGCCGAGUUGUUUGCAGAGACUCUCAGCACCAAGGAGAUGUACUACACUGUCACAAGUAGCCCCAAACACGGGAAGCUGCAACGCAUCGACCUGUCCAACUCUAACGCCAGUUACAACAUCAUCCAAACGUUCAGCAAUCAGGAUCUCUUGGAGGAGCGCGUCAUGUUCAUUCACGACGACACAGAGACCACUCGGGACCAGUUCACAUUCAUAGCCUCCACGAGUCAGGAGUCCAAAUCCUCCGUCACGGACGAUGAAGUCGGCUCUAAAGGAGGGACGUUCAACAUCUCCAUCCAGCUAGUUAAUGACGAGAAGCCAGUGCGCGUUGUCGAUAAAGUUUUCCAUGUGGUGAGGGAUGGGCAGCGGUUGCUCACCCUGGACGAUCUAUGUUACCAUGAUGCAGACUCGGACUUCAGCGAUGGGCAGUUAGUCUACAUGCGACGGGGAAUCCCGAUGGGAGACCUGGUUCUGGUGAACGACACCUCUCACAGGCUGUUCCAGUUCACCCAGAAGGAGCUGGAAGAGAAGAGAGUGCUGUUCCUCCAUCGAGGCGUGAGCUCCGGACGCUUCGUGCUCUUCGUGUCCGACAAGAAACACUUUGUCUCCACUCUGCUAGACGUCACUGCCGAAGACCCUUUCCUAAGACUCGGCAACAACACGGGUCUGUUAGUCCAGAAGGGAAAGGAAGUGACCCUAACCACAGGUAACUUCAGCGUGCUCACGAACCUCGACAUCCGAGACGACAGCCAGGUCACAUACAAGGUGUCCGAGCCGCCUAGAAACGGCGGGCUGUAUCGCCACGGCAACAUCUCCGUGCAGUCGUUCACCCAGCGCGACCUGAAGAAGGGCCUUGUUUCGUAUCGCCACGACGACGGAAAGAACCCGGCGGACUCUUUCAACGUGACGGUGAAGGUUAAAGGUGCUUAUCUGAACGCCAGAGUCAACGUCAAGGUUUACCUGGACCGCCAUCAGAGGCCCCCUGUCCUCCAGCACAACAACACUUUACUGGUGGAGGAGAGCAAGCCUGUGAAGAUUGACCAGAGUAGACUGGAGGUCAUCCACGAGGACAACUUGCCGUCUGAGAUUGUAUUUACAGUUAAGGUGGCCCCGCUACACGGGUUCAUCCGGCGCUUCGUGGAGGCUGAGGAGCAGUACGUUGGAACAGAACAGACCCCAGUCCAAACCUUCUCCCAGGAGGACGUCAACGCUGGCAACGUCCAGUACAUGCAGACAGCCCCCGGCCAGGUCAAUGACACCUUCCUAUUGGAUGUCUCCAACGGGGUCACGGAGGUCAACAAUAUCAGCAUGUCCGUCGCCCACCUCAUCCCUCUACAGGUGUUGAACUUCACCCUCCGAGAGGGCGGGUCCAAGGCUUUGACCCAGGAAGUGCUCAGGGUGACCAACCAACAUUUUUCUGGCCUCGAUUUCCUGUAUAGCUUGUCUGAACCCCCGCAGAAUGGCCACAUUGAACAUUCACGUUACCCCGGGGUUCCUCUACGGGUUUUCACCAGACGCCAGGUGGAGCAGGGGGUGAUCUACUACAUCCAUGACAGCAGUGAGACGUUAGAAGACAACUUCACUGUGGUGGCCAACGACACAGGCCUGAGGAAACAGAGCUCUCCCUGUACCGUGUACAUCCAGGUUACGGCCGUCAACGACCAGCAUCCAGUCAUCACCACCAACAGGGUUCUCAGGGUGUGGGAGGGGUCGGUGACAGAGAUCCGCCCUGAGAAUUUGGACGCCCAGGAUGAGGACACGCCCCCUGAGGAGCUGCAGGUGAUCGUGACUCCGCCCAACAAUGGCCACCUGGCGCUGAAGAGCGCCCCCACAGGCCGCUCCUGAACUGUACCUACAACACAUCCAUCUGGGACAG